UGUAUGUAUGUAUGUAUGUAUGUAUGUAUGUAUGUAUGUAUAUACCCAGCAAACAUGCAAACUAUAGCAGGUUUUCAAUGGACCUUAAUAGGCAUUUUGAGUGGACCACUGUAGUUUUGCUUAUUGGUUAUUUAGUGGAUUUACUAGCCACAAUAAAAAUUCAUUGCCAACUCAUCCUGUCUUGAGAGGUGGCAACAAAUGCAGCUUGCAGAAACUUUCUUGAUAUGCAGUUUUAUCAAAUUCUGCAGCUAUUUACUGAUCAUAUUCCAAUUCUUCUGGCAUUCUGGCAUGAUAGCUGUCAAAUAAGACAAUAGCACUUUAUUAAUUUUUAUAUUACCUUAAUAAUAUCAUUUUUAGAUCCACCAAAAGAAAUGUAAACAUUGCAAAUUAAUGGAGCAGCAAACGAGUCAAGUUUUACCCGAAACUGGUAAAAAAGAUACAAUAAUUGAUAAUGAAAAAAGUUCAACAAUAAAAAUAUACCAAAAUGCUGAUAAAAGUAAAGAAAAAUAUUCAAUUCUUCAAUGGUCCAGUAAUAGAAAUAAGAAACCUAUAAUAAACUUUUCUCCUGCAUGCAUAUUUUUGGGUACACCUGAAAGUGAAAAGGAAGUUAUAAAAAACUAUCAUUUGAAAUAUAAGUUUAUAAAGACAGAAUGCAAGUUAGUGCGAAAUAUACUUUCUGCUCAUGGUUUCAAAGAGAUUUGUUCAAGCAACAAUUUCAAUUUGUUGUGGAUGGGAUCAUAUCCUAAACCGAACGUGUUGCAUGGUUUGACUGAUUAUCAAAAAGUUAAUCACUUUCCUUGCUCCAAUGAACUUACAAGAAAAGACAAGCUCUGUAAAAAUAUUCAAAAAAUGCAGUAUUUAAAAGGUUAUCAACACUUCAACUUUAUUCCCAAGAGUUUUAUUCUUCCAACUGAACUUAAUGAAUUUUAUAAUGAAUUUAUGAAAGAUCAAGGACCGUGGAUCAUAAAGCCUUAUGCUUCAUCAAGAGGGCGUGGUAUAUUUUUAAUUAAUAAUAAAAAUGACAUACCUUUAGGAGACGGUGUGAUAGCAUGCAAGUACAUAAAAAACCCUUUGCUAAUCAGUGGUUUUAAAUUUGACUGCCGACUGUAUGUUGCUGUUACAUCAUAUGAUCCUUUACGUGUAUAUUUGUUUGAAGAAGGACUUACAAGGUUUUCAACAGUCAAGUAUGACAUGAGUGAACAAAAUCUGCAAAACCAAAGAAUGCACCUGACUAACUACAGCAUUAACAAGUCAAGCAAAAAAUUUGUAAGAUGUGAAGAUCCUGAAAUUGAUGAUUACGGAAGUAAAUGGAGCUUUAGUGGAAUGUUGCGUUUCCUGAAAUGUCAGGAAGUAGAUACUCAAGCUCUGAUGGCUCGUAUUGAAGACUUGAUAAUAAAAACUAUUAUAUCAGUAGAAAUGGUUAUUUCAACAGCUUGCAGAAUGUUUGUUCCUCAUAGAGGCAACUGUUUUGAGUUGUAUGGUUUUGACAUAUUGAUAGAUGAAAAUUUGAAACCAUGGCUUUUAGAAGUCAAUCUCUCGCCAUCUUUGGCUUGUGACUCUCCUCUGGAUAUGAAAAUAAAGUCUAUCUUAAUGACAGACAUGUUUAAUCUUGCAGGGUUCCUAGCAACAAAUUUUACAUUUAAGGAUUCAUCAGAUAAUCAGAAGGACUCAUCAGAUAAUCACAAUAAUCAGUUACACUUAACAUCUCAUCUUACUACAGAGUUAAAAUAUGCUACUAACCAAUUGAUUAGCAACUUUGAUGGUUCCGAUACAGAUGAAUGUAAGCUGCUGCAUGAAGCGAAUGAUGAGUACAAGCGUAGAGGAGGAUUUGUACGUAUAUAUCCUACUCCUGAGUCUUGGGAUCUUUAUGGGUUUUUUUAAAUAAGUUAUCAGCAAGUAACCAGUUAUUACUGUUUCAUCAUCGAUAUUUACAGUAUGAAAGGAAACUUGAAGCUUGGUGUUCAUUUCAAAAUAUAGAUUGUGAAAUAAAGGAUCCAUUUAGUAAAAUAGCCAGAUAUGGUUCUGUGAAUUCUGGUUCUUCUUUAAAUUCUUUAGAAGUAAUAAAGCAUGGAAAAAGUUUAAGUUUGCUUCAAGCCCGAAAAGCUGUUGCUGUAUACUUUGAAAAGAUUUGUCUUCGUUUGCAAGAAGAAAUUAAAUCUCCAGUUGAAGUCAAAGUUGAUCUCAAGAAACAAGAGAAACAAAUAAACUCUAUUGAACGAUUUUUACAUAAAGCUGCUGGAAACUUUAACAAACUUAUAAUGGAUUGUGUGGUGCACAAAAACAUCAUAGAAAGGAAAAAAAGUUUAAUCAAUCAGCUAAAAAGGUUUUUAAAGUUAUAUUUAAAGGAAACUCACUCAAUAAAAAAAUUAAAAGGUACAACAGUCUCUGAUAAUUGUUUUAUUUCUGAAAAAACAUUUGAAACGUUCCUGUUAGCAUCACGCGAGUGUGAUUUAGAAGAACUUCUUGUGAACUAUACUCUGCACAAUAAAGCUACUGGAUUGUUUUGUGGUGCUAAAUCUUUAAAAAUGAAAAGUAACGUCUUGUAUAAAAGGAAUAAUGGAUCAAAUGGUUAUCUUCAUUCUUCGUCAAAUAUUUCAGAACUUAAAAAAAAUGAAAAAAGCAAAUCAAAUACGCAAAGCAAUACUAUUAAUGAUCAUGUCUCAAGUAUACUUUAUGUAGAAAAUCUUACGUUAAAAGAUGAUAGUAAAAAUCUAUUAUGUACGCAAAACGAUUUAGUUAGCAGUGACAAAAAAAGUGUACCUAACUUGAAAAACGUUGGGUUGAACAAAUAUUUAUUAAAAUCCCAAGAUGAGUCAAAAUUCAAAAAAGACAAUAAAGAGGUUUUCAACCCUGGACGUAAAAAAUUAACUAAAAAUACUACUUUGAACAUACAUCGAAAACGGUUACCAUCUGCUGAUUCACUGCAACGAACUUCGUUCCAAAGAUUGUCAUAUUUAGAAAAGCAAAGACUUUGCAACACUAUUUGUAUAUAUGCUGGAACAAAUGCAAUCUAUAAAUCACAUCAAGAUAUUACCACAUCCUUUCAGUCCAAUCGUCGAAAUUUGUUUUCACCACAAUUUCGAGCGAAAUGCUAUUCUAAAAGUAGUAAUAUUUUUCCAAAUAAUGAUUACCACGAGGAACCUCCUACAAUAAAUUUUGAACGAAAUGGUCUGGAUUGUGAAUUUAACGAAAAAAGGAAAUAAUCUGGCGUGCAUUUUUAAAAAAAGAUAAAUUUACAUAAUUUUAAAAAUGAAAACAAUAUAGAAGGUAUAGUGAAAAUAAUCUAAUAGUAUUAUGAAAAGUUACUUUAAUGAAACUAGUAUAUAAAUAUAUACAAUAUAGGCGAUAUAAAUAUAUUCAUAUCUAUAUAUAUACUCUAUAUAUUCAGUUUUUAAAUUUCAACGGAUAGCUUGGUUGACAACACUGAAAUGAAUCAUAAAUUCUCAGAAAGUUGUUUCAUUCAACGAAGUAAAACCUCCAUAGAGUCAAAAAAUCAAGUUUUUCAGCAAGAUUAAAUCUAAGACUUCUUGUAUCAAAGUUUUUAUAAAUUAAUUUAAAAAUAUCAAAGUAAAAAAAUCUCUUUAUACUGGAUAUAUUUUAUUUUAAAUUUUUACUGGAUUUUAGUUACUAGCAUCAGCCUAUAAAUACCACACUAAAUUAUAACAGUUUAAAUUACGUCCUAAAAAUGUGCAUAUAUACUUAAUAUAUAAUAAAUUGUAAAUAAUAUAAUUAUUGCAUAUAUAAAUAAAUAGUUAAUAUGACAAAAUGA